AAGGCUAACUAUCCGCCGCCACGCAACGCGAACUCUCCGGUCAUGUCGCUCGGUGAUCUCGCCGACCUCGAGAAACGGGAUACCAUGGACUCGCGCCGUUCGACUAGUUCUUCCCCGCGCGAGCGGAGCGAUGACGAUAUCGGGCUCGAGCAGACGAAAUCCGAGGAUGCGACUUUUGCGCCUAUUGUUGCGCCGGAGGAUCAACGCGAUAUGCAAAUCAAGAAGGAGCGGUCGAAUGUAUCCCGCUCGCGCUCGUUGGAACGCUCUUGGUCUUUGAAUGACGGUGUUAGUCUCGGAGGAAAUCGGUAUGAAGAGGAGGCGGCGGGUGAGGCUCCGGGGCAACAAAGGCCAGAGGAUGAUGCUGGGUAUACGGUUGGUUGGGAUGUGGAUGAUCCUUUGAAUCCGCGCAAUAUGAGCAAGGCUAGGAGAUGGUUGAUUGUGAUUAUUGUGUCGUUGGGUUCGCUUUGUGUGACUUGUACCUCGUCCAUGUAUACUACGACGUAUGGGCAGUUGAUGAAGGAAUUUGGCUGCUCGCAAGAAGUCGCGACGCUGGGCCUGUCAUUUUUCAUUUGGGGACUUGGAAUUGGUCCCCUUUUCCUUAGUCCACUAUCAGAGUUCUAUGGUCGGCGUAACAUCUACAUCGUUUCUUUCUCGCUCUUCUUGAUCUGGCUCAUCCCCUGCGCUGUCGCAAAGAACACCCAGACCAUGCUUGUGAGCCGAUUCUUCAACGGUCUGUCAGGAAGUGCUUUCCUAAGUGUUGCCGGUGGCACUGUCGGUGAUAUGUUUGAUCGACACGAGCUCGCCUUCCCAAUGAUGCUUUACACCGCGAGUCCAUUCAUUGGACCCGAAGUUGGCCCACUGGUCGGUGGAUUUAUCAACUAUUUUACUGGAUGGCGCUGGACCUUUUAUGUCCUCCUAAUCUGGACCGGAGUCCUCCUAGUCUCGAUGAUCUUCCUCGUUCCAGAGACCUAUCACCCGGUGCUGUUGAGGCGCAAAGCCCAGAAACUCCGCCAGGAGACCGGAGACGACCGAUGGAAAGCGCCGAUCGAGAAGAUGCAGCGAUCAGUGGCGCAAACGGUCCUACGAUCUAUGUACCGCCCCAUAAUGCUCCUCACCAUGGAGCCAAUGUGCUUGAACCUCUGUGUGUUCUCGGCGAUCCUAUUGGGUAUCUUGUACCUAUUCUUCGGCGCGUUCCAAUUGGUCUUUAAAGAUGUUUAUGGCUUUGAUUUGUGGCAACGGGGCUUAUGCUUUAUGGGUCUUUUUGUUGGUAUGGUCUUUGCGAUUCUUUCGGAUCCAAUCUGGCGUCGCAAUUAUCAACGCUUGGAACGGAAUUAUCAAAAUGACGCUGAUGGGACGGAUGAGUUUCAGCCAGAGUGGCGGUUGCCUCCAGCGAUUUUGGGUGGGCCGCUGGUAACUGCCGGUCUCUUCAUCUUUGCCUGGACUACCUACCCCGAUGUGCAUUGGAUUGCACCUAUCAUUGGCAGUGCCCUCUUUGGCGCCGGAACAAUCCUAGUCUUCUCAGGUGUCUUCACAUUCCUGGUUGAUGCAUAUCCGACCUUUGCAGCAAGCGCGCUGGCAGCGAAUAGCUUCAUGCGGUCCAGCUUUGGAGGAAUUUUCCCCUUGUUCGGCAUACAGAUGUAUAACAAUCUAGGAUUCCAUUGGGCGACGUCACUGCUAGCCUUUCUCACCCUGGUCAUGCUGCCUUUCCCGUACAUUUUCUUUCGAUAUGGUGCUCGUAUUCGGAAGAAGAGUCGCUUCGCAACUUCUCAGAUGUGA